GCGCGGGGGUCCCGCUGCGCCCCCAGGGCUCCUCCGCGGGCACGGCUCGGCGUGACCCGCUCUCCCUCCCGGCAGCGUCGGGGCUGGCGGAGAUGGGGGCACACUGGAUCCACGGCCCCUCGCCGGGGAAUCCCGUGUUCUGCCUGGCCUCCCGCUACGGCCUGCUGGGCCCGGAGGCCGCCCGCGAGGAGAACCAGCAGGUGGAGGCGGGGGGCCACCCCCCGAUGCCGUCCGUCACCUACGGCAGCUCGGGGAAGGUGCUGAACCCCAAGGCAGUGCGCGAAGCCCGCGACCUCUUCUACGCCCUCCUGGCCUCCACCCGCGCUUUCCAGGGCUCCAAGGAGCCUCCGUGGCCCAGCGUGGGCCAGUACGUGCGGGCAGAGAUCGCCCGGACGGUGCCCACCAUGGCGGGCGGCCAGGAGGAUGCCCGGCGGCUGCAGCUGGCCGUGCUCGCCGCCUGCCUCAAGCUGGAGUGCUGCAUCAGCGGGACGCACAGCAUGGACCUGGUGGGCCUGGAGCCCUUCGGGGAGUACGUGUCGCUGCCCGGCCUGGACUGCACCUUCCCAGGAGGCUACAGCAGCUUGGCCGAGCGCCUGCUCUCGGAUCUGCCCGAGGGCACCGUGCUGUUCAACAAGGCGGUGAGGACCAUCCACUGGCAAGGGUCCUUCCGAGAGGAAGGGGACGAUGGCAGGGUGUUCCCCGUGCGGGUGGAGUGCGAGGACGGAGACGUCUUCCUUGCCGACCACGUCAUCGUCACUGUCCCGCUGGGUUUCCUCAAGGAGCGCCACCAGGAGUUCUUCCAGCCCCCCCUUCCCGAGCGGAAAGCACGGGCCGUUCGCAGCCUGGGCUUCGGCACCAACAACAAGAUCUUCCUGGAGUUCGAGCAGCCCUUCUGGGAGCCCGAGCAGCAGCUCCUGGAAGUGGUGUGGGAGGACGAGUCGCCGCUGGAGGAGCCCGACGCUGACCUGGAGGCCAACUGGUUCAAGAAGCUCAUCGGAUUCGUGGUGCUGCAGCCGCCAGAGCAGCACGGCCACGUCCUGUGCGGCUUCAUCGCGGGGAAGGAGUCGGAGCACAUGGAGACGCUGAGCGACGCCGAGGUGCUGAGCGCCAUGACCCGCGUGCUGCGCACGAUGACAGGGAACCCCGACCUGCCCGCGCCCCGGAGCGUGCUCCGCUCCCGCUGGCACAGCGCUCCCUACACCCGCGGCUCCUACAGCUACGUGGCCGUCGGCAGCUCGGGGGACGACAUCGAUGUGCUGGCACAGCCCCUGCCCGAGGACCCCCGCGACCCCCGGCCCCUGCAGCUCCUCUUCGCCGGCGAGGCCACGCACCGCACCUUCUACUCCACCACCCACGGGGCGCUGCUCUCGGGGUGGCGGGAGGCCGAGCGGCUCAACCAGCUCUUCCAGGCGCCCGUGCCCGCGCCUCAGUCGUGAGGCAGCGAAAUAAACCGCGGUGCUUUGCC